GGGUAAUCGCUCGGCGGCUUGGUGGGUUGUCCAGUACGUGAGCCGCGGCCGGUGGGUCAAUGCCGCCAGUGGGGCAGUGGAGCGGCAGAGGUCCAUUGAUGAAACGGAGUAGAAGCCGUGUGCACAGCAGUUGAGUUCAGUUCAGUACCAACCCCUUGCGCAGUUGUUGACGAGCUAUUAAAAAGCGAUAUAAACAAACAGAAAGCUCUCCAGCGAUCCGCUGCUGAAUGAAUGGUGAGAGCAGCGGCGGUUCGACGGGCGAUCCGUCGAUUGUCUUUCAAGUGGGCAAACAUAAACACCAGAAGACUAUGGGCAUCCAAGCCUAUGCCUCACAUGCACACAUGUACCCACUACAUACGUGUACAUAUUUAUGCCUUUUGGCAAGUAAGUGCGAGUACUUGGGCCAGACCAGGCCACAUCCUAAAUAAGCAGCCGCCGUUUUCAUUAGGCAACAGGUUAUUGCAAUUCAGCGAAAAAAACAAAACAGCGACCGACGACAACAAUGCGACGAAAAACCACGUCGCAGCCACAGUCAGAGCCAACAAAAAAAAUUGGUUAAAAAAGAAGGUGCGGCGUAUCCAGAACGACGGCUACAACGUGGAGCGCCACUCGGUGACGACGAAAGACGGAUAUGUGCUUACCCUGCACCGCAUCCCGCAGGUGGAUCCCGAACUGGGCAGUCUGCUGCGACGCCCUGUCGUCUUCCUGCUCUCCGGACUCUAUGCCUCGUCGGAUGUGUGGCUGCUGAACGGGCGGGAGGACUCCUUAGCCUACCUUCUUUGGCGAGCAGGAUAUGAUGUGUGGCUGGGAAACAAUAGAGGCAACAUCUACUGCCGGAAGAACAUGUGGCGGAACACCACAGAGCGGGAGUUCUGGGACUUCAGCUGGCACGAGAUGGGCGUCUACGACUUGCCAGCCCAGGUGGACUACGUUCUUCGGACUACCGGACAGAAGGCGAUGCACUUCGUGGGUAUCUCGCAGGGCGGCACCGUCUUCCUGGUCCUCAAUUCAAUGAUGCCACAGUAUAAUGCCGUCUUCAAGAGCGCCACCCUGCUGGCCCCGGUGGCCUAUGUGAGCAAUACAAAGAGCGGGCUGGCCAAGGUCAUUGGUCCAGUGCUCGGCACCCGGAACUAUGUCUCUAAGAUGCUCGAGGGCGUCGAGAUGUUCUCCACGAACAAGUUCUUCAAGAAGUUCCUAUCGAUGACGUGUCUGGAGAACGAAAAGCCCCUGGUCUGCAUUAGUCGCCUGUGGCCAGCCGUUGGCUACGACACCCGAUUCCUUAACAAGACGUUAUUGCCCGACCUGAUGGCCAACUUUCCGGCGGGCGGAUCGGUGAAGCAGCUGAUGCACUACUUCCAGGGCUAUGUGUCCACUAGAUUCCGGCAGUACGACUACGGUCCCGAACGGAACUGGCUGCACUACCAGCAACUGGAGCCACCGGAGUACGCGCUGGAGAACGUGUCCACGCCAGUUACGGUCUUCUUCUCGGAGAACGACUACAUCGUGGCGCCGGCGGACAUCUGGCGAUUGCUCACCCGGCUGCCCAACGUGGAAGCCGUGUACAAGGUUCCUUGGAAGCGAUGGAACCACUUUGACUUCAUUUGCGGAUUGGGGGUCAGGGAGUACAUCUUCGACAACAUUGUGCUCUCCAUGAACCGCUACGAGCAGCGGACACGCUGAUGAAAGCCAGGAUGUCGUAGGAUGCAGGUGGAUCACAGCCAGAACUAUCACUAGUGCCAAAAACAAAUUGUAGAAUUACGAAACGGAGUCCGCGUUGAAUGAGCUAGAUCAACCAUGGAUAUAUGUACUGAUUAAUAAAUAAAUAAUUUAUAGUUUAGACCAAAUAAAA